AUGUCAUGCGGGAUGGAUUUCGCCGAUCUCACGACCGGUGAGACUGGAGCGUGUUGUUUUUCUCUCCGGCAUCACAUACAUGACAACCGAAACGUUCCCCCCUUCUUUCUUUCGACACCAUCGCCUGCGACAUUGCGUGAGUAUCACAACAAGUUUCCCCCUUUCCCCUUUGCGCACACUUAUUUCCACUCUGUUUCGACAACAUACAUGCGCAGUCGUGAUCAGAGCGCUGAGCAAGUGUCAUCCUCAUCCAAGAGUGAAAAGACCGAAGGAUCGUCCUCAUCACCAGCGGCUAUGUCUACCGAGAUCGCGCCACUUACCAUCCGCGUGGGCUCACAGGCGACCAAGACAGUCUACAUCAGCCAAGAGAACGUCACCACCUUCGGCAACGUCAUUGACGACCACAACCCCAUUCACAGUGACCCGGAGGCGGCCCAGGCAGCGGGGUUUCCCACCACCAUUUGUUACGGCAUGUACGCCGGCUCGCUUUUCUCAGGUCUCAUGGCGAAGGAGAUGCCCGGCCCUGGCACUGUGUACCUGUCGCAGAACUUGCGCUUCACCGCUCCGGUUUUCGUCGGCGACGAUAUCCAGGCCAUCGUCGAGGUCCGCGAGUUCCGCAAGGAUAAGGGACUCGUUUAUCUGUCCAACAUUCUACAAAAGACGGAGCCUUCUACCGGCAAGACAAUUAUGUGCGUUGACGGGUCUGCCGUGGUCAUGAACAAGAAUCUGAAGUUUGAGGGCGAGAGUGAGUGGUCUGUGAAGUAG